AUGGCAUUCGAUGUCGAAACCGUCCUCUCCCAAUUGACAGAGCAAGACAAGAUUGCCCUUCUCUCGGGUACUUCCGAUUUUUGGCAUACACACUCUAUCCCCUCACACCAGGUUCCACCAAUUCGUCUCACUGAUGGCCCUAACGGAAUCCGCGGAACCAAAUUCUUUGCCGGCGUCCCAGCGGCCUGUCUCCCCUGCGGAACGGCACUGGCCGCAACAUGGGAUGCCCCUCUCCUCGAGAAGGCUGGGGUCCUCCUGGCCAAAGAAUGUAUCUCCAAGGGCGCACAUUGCUGGCUGGGACCCACAGUCAACAUCCCUCGAUCUCCGCUGGGUGGCCGGGGGUUCGAGUCCUUUUCCGAAGACCCGCAUCUCAGCGGCAUCAUUGCCUCGGCAAUGAUCCGAGGAUGCGAGAGCAAGGGAAUCGUUUCUGCCGUAAAGCACUUUGUGUGCAAUGACCAGGAGCAUGAGAGACGGGCUGUCGAUGUCCUGGUCACCCCGCGGGCCUUGAGAGAGAUUUAUCUGAAGCCAUUUCAGAUCGUCGCCCGCGAUGCGAGGCCAGGGGCACUCAUGACAAGUUAUAACAAGAUUAACGGGAAGCACGUGGUGGAGGAUGAGAAGAUGUUGAAUGGACUGUUGCGAACCGAGUGGGGAUGGGAUCCUCUGAUCAUCAGCGACUGGUAUGGCACCUACUCCACCGUGGAUUCAUUGAAUGCGGGAAUGGAUCUGGAGAUGCCCGGGGUGUCGAGGUACCGCGGACGAUACAUUGAGUCGGCUUUACAGGCCCGAUUGGUAAAGGCUUCGACGGUAGACGAGCGCGCGCGCAGGGUCUUGUCAUUCGUGAAUCGCAUGUCAGAGGUCAGUGUGUCGAAUGUCGAGAAGGGAAGGGACUACCCUGAAGACCGGGCAUUGAAUCGCGACGUGUGCGCCAGUUCGAUCGUACUGUUGAAGAAUGAUGGUGGUCUCCUGCCUUUGAAGAAAGAUGCGCAGACCAUCGCCCUGAUCGGAUCUCACGUCAUGGCGCCGUCUAUAUCGGGUGGAGGCAGUGCCUCCCUUCGCCCGUACUAUGCCGUGUCACUGUACGAAGCUGUACGAGAGGCCGUUCCCAACGCAAAAAUCAUCUGCGAAACCGGCGCAUAUUCACACAAGAUGAUGCCGGUUAUUGAGAGGUUGCUCAGCAAUGCGGUCAUUAAUUUUUACAAUUCUCCCGUGUCGGAUGUCGGACGCGAAUGUCUCCACACAGAGCCAGUCAGCACCACCGGUUUUCAAUUUAUGGACUUUCGCGCCCCAGGCCUGAAUCGCGAGUGCUUUUGGGCGACAUUGGUGGGCGAUUUCACCCCUGACGCGACGGGGAUCUGGGAUUUCGGGCUGAGUGUGUUUGGAACAGCGAAUCUCUAUCUGGACGAUGAGUUGGUUAUAGACAAUACUAGCCAUCAGACGAAGGGAACGUCGUUCUUUGGCAAGGGCACCGUUGAGGAGCGUGGGUCCAAAACGCUGGAAUCCGGGCGAUCCUACAAAAUACGACUGGAAUUCGGUUCUGCCAACACUACAACAAUGAAGACCGUGGGAAUGGUGAACUUCGGCGGCGGUGCAGCCAAUCUCGGAGCUUCACUACGCUUGACCCCCGACGAUAUGCUAAAUUCUGCUGUGAAUGCUGCCACUGAAGCGGACUAUGCAAUCGUCUGUACUGGGCUGAACCCGGACUGGGAAUCGGAGGGAUUCGAUCGUGCAUCCAUGGAUCUUCCCCCGGGGGUGGACAAACUCAUAUCCAGUGUACUUUCCGUGGCAAAGGAUAAAACCGUCAUCGUCAAUCAUUCCGGGACGCCCGUCACUAUGUCAUGGGAACCUCAAGCCCAGGCGAUUAUACAAGCCUGGUAUGGGGGAAACGAAACCGGACAUGGCGUGGCAGAUGUCCUGUUCGGGAAUCUCAGCCCCAGUGGAAAGCUGCCUCUCUCGUGGCCAUCUGAUGUGAGACACAAUCCAAGCUAUCUGAAUUUUGGAAGUGUAGGAGGGCGGGUUCUCUACGGGGAAGAUGUAUACGUCGGGUAUCGCUUCUACGACAAGACUCGAUGUCCUCCUCUUUUCCCUUUCGGGCAUGGGCUUUCCUAUACCACAUUUGAGAUAUCUCCAACCGUCGAGGUGGGCCCAGUGUCACAUCAUACCAGCCUACCAGCUGCGGUCCGCGUCUACGUCAAAAACACCGGAGACGUCCCUGGAGCUGAGGUUCUCCAACUCUACGUAGCGGUGCCACAGCCCGCAAUAGGGCGACCAGACAAAGAGCUGCAUGGGUUCCAAAAGACGUUCCUCCAGCCCGGUGAGGAGCGUGCUGUUGAUAUCACCAUUGAUGCCUACGCCACUAGUUUCUGGGACGAUAUUGAAGACAAGUGGAAAAGUGAGGCAGGGGAGUAUGAGCUGCUGGUUGGAGUUUCGAGUCGAGAGAUCGUUUCCAAGGGGAGUUUUAUCCUGAGUCAGACAAGGUAUUGGCAAGGCCUUUGA